AAGUUGAGUGAGGCAGAGGCAUAGGGAACAUUCGCGCGAUAAGGGACUGCUGCUGGGAAACUAAAGCUGUCUAGUACAAAAUUAAAGUCGGGCUUGGAUAUAUUUUGCCUACGACAGCUGAGAAGAUAUGUUCAAACGGGUUGUACGACAGAGUAAGUUCCGGCAUGUGUUCGGCCAGGCGGUGAAGAAUGACCAGUGCUAUGAUGACAUCAGGGUGUCCCGGGUCACAUGGGACAGCGCGUUCUGUGCAGUUAACCCCAAAUUUGUUGCCUUAAUUGUGGAAGCCAGCGGAGGCGGAGCGUUCAUGGUUUUGCCUCUACACAAGACGGGUCGUAUAGACAAGGCCUACCCUACAGUAUGUGGUCACACCGGCCCUGUUCUGGACAUCGACUGGUGCCCUCAUAAUGACCAGGUCAUCGCUAGUGGAUCUGAAGACUGCACCGUCAUGGUGUGGCAGAUCCCAGAGAACGGGUUGGUGACUUCCAUGUCAGAGCCAGUGGUGGUUCUGGAGGGUCAUUCAAAAAGAGUGGGAGUUGUUACCUGGCAUCCUACUGCACGCAACGUCCUCCUCAGUGCAGGCUGUGAUAAUAUGAUCAUCAUCUGGAACGUGGGGACGGGGGAGUCUAUGAUCACUCUGGAGGACCAUCAUCCGGACAUCAUCUACAGCAUCUGCUGGAACCGCAACGGCAGCCUCAUCUGCACCGCCUGCAAGGACAAGAAGAUCCGCGUCAUCGACCCGCGCAAGGAGGAAAUCAUCGCGGAGAAGGACAAGGCCCAUGAGGGAGCGAGACCCAUGAGAGCCAUUUUCCUGUCUGAUGGCAAAGUGUUCACCACUGGCUUCAGCCGCAUGAGUGAGAGACAACUCGCCCUAUGGGACCCAGAGAACAUUGAUGAGCCUGUUGCUGUCCACGAGAUGGACACCAGUAACGGAGUCCUCCUGCCCUUCUAUGAUCCCGAUACUAAUGUGGUCUACCUGUGUGGAAAGGGUGACAGCAGUAUUCGUUACUUUGAGAUCACAGAUGAAGCUCCGUUUGUCCAUUACCUCAACACCUUUACCACUAAGGAGCCUCAGAGGGGCAUGGGGUACAUGCCUAAGAGAGGUCUGGAUGUCAACAAGUGCGAGAUCGCAAGGUUUUACAAACUGCAUGAGAGAAAGUGUGAGCCUAUCAUCAUGACCGUGCCAAGAAAAUCGGACUUGUUCCAGGAUGAUCUUUACCCAGACACGGCAGGUCCUGAUGCCCCUCUGGAGGCUGAGGAAUGGUUUGAAGGGAAGAAUGGAGACCCGGUCCUGAUAUCCCUGAAGCACGGAUACAUCCCAGGGAAGAACCGCGACCUCAAAGUAGUCAAGAAGAACAUCCUAGACAACAAGAUGAGCAAGAACACGGAGAACACCACUCCUGCCCACAAGACUGCCACCUCCACACCAUCUAUUAAAAGCGAAGCUAAGCUGGAGGAGGUUUUGAAAGAAAUCAAAUCUCUCCGAGAGCUGGUCAGCAGUCAGGAAAAGAGAAUCGGCAAGCUGGAGGAGCAGUUGUCUAAAAUGGACAUCUAAAGGACCCUGCAGACCCCUCCCCCUUCUCUUCAGGAUUUUCCAUUGGCCAGGUGGGCGGGACCCGUCACUGCCAAUCACCAUGACAGCGUUCCGUCUGAAACCUGCCUCGCAAAGACUCCAAACAACAUUCCAAAAAAUCACCAAUUCCUUUCGCAAAUCCCCUUUUCCACCUCAGAGCCAUUUGGAAAACUAGAAACGCCUUCCGUUUCGCUCCAAAAGUUCACCCGUUUCGCUUCUUACUCCAAAUCUUUCCGCAAACCUUGUGUUUUAUCUGGUAUCCUUGAACAGUCUUAAGCUUGUUUUCUUAUUAAAAAAUUGUGACCAAAACGUUUCGCAGUUAUAUGAACUUGAUGAGCUCAAAGUUUGAAGUAGCCCAUCAGUAUUGCAGUUUCCCUCUCGCCCUUCUGAGUUGCCAAAUUUAUAGAGGAUUUUGCCACCUCCCUGACAGUAUUUGACCAGCUUUUUUAUGUUGUACUGAUAAGGGACAAAGCAAUAUGCAAGGAGGGGAAAUCACUGGAUUUUGUUUUCAAAUGUUAUAGCUGUCUUUCUAGAGAAUAAAAAUAAAGAUUUUAAUCAAGCCGGCAAA